AUGGUUGCCUUCUCUACUAUCCUCCUCGCUCUCGGCAGUGCCACCGCGGCUCUCGCCUCACCUCUCGGUCUCAUCCUCGAUGCCGAAGCCAGAGGCGAGUCUGCCAACUUGACUGCCCGCUCCACCCCCGCCGGCACUGGCAUGAAUAACGGCUUCUUCUACUCUUUCUGGACCGAUGGACAGGGCCAGGUCACCUACAACAACGGUAACGGUGGCUCUUACGAUGUCCAGUGGAACAACGUUGGUAACUUUGUUGCUGGCAAGGGAUGGAACCCUGGAUCCGCCCGUGUAGUCACCUACAGCGGUACCUGGAACGCCCAGAACGUUAACUCUUACAUCUCGCUUUACGGAUGGACCCGCAGCCCCCUCAUCGAGUACUACAUCGUUGAGGCCUACGGCUCCUACAACCCCGCUUCUGCUGCUCAGAAGAAGGGUCAAGUCCAGUCUGACGGUGGCACAUACGACAUCCUCCAGACUACCCGCUACAACCAGCCUUCCAUCGACGGUACCCAGACCUUCCAGCAAUUCUGGUCUGUCCGUACCAGCAAGAGGGUCGGUGGCACCAUCACUGUCAAGAACCACUUUGAUGCUUGGGCCAAGUACGGACAGCAGCUUGGACAGCACAACUAUCAAAUCCUUGCUACUGAGGGAUACCAGAGCUCUGGUUCCGCCUCCAUCACUGUCAACAGCUCUUAA